AUGCUUCGGGGUUUGUAUGUAUGUGGAUCAGCGAAAGGUGGAUCUCGUCAGGACCGCACAUCUCGCGAUCUCUCUCAAGUCCUCUGCUCACGGCGUCUGAAGCGAAGAAGAGGAGGAGAAGUGAUUGUUAUUGAAGCCAUGACUUCAGUUCCCAUGGCUGUUCAUUCAGAUUCACACAAGCACAGCAUCCUGAGCAAAUUCAACAAGCUCAGGAAAAUGGACCUUCUGUGUGAUGUCACUCUGGUUGUGGAAGACAUGCACUUCAGAGCGCACAAAGCCCUGCUGGCAGCAAGCAGCGAGUACUUCUCCCUCAUGUUCACGUCAGAAGAUCACAUUAGCCAGUCUACUUUUAAACUGGCAGAUAUGGAAGCCAACAUGUUUUCUGCAGUGCUGGAUUUCAUCUACAGUGCCCAUGUGUCUCUGGAGGAGAGCACUGCAGAGCAACUCCUGGCCACGGCUCAUCUUAUGGAAGUCAAUGACCUUGUCAAAGUGCUCACAACUCAACUCAAAGCCUCUGUAGCAGAAGCUGGAGGUGAUAAGAUAAAGGCAGACAAACCCGAGGUGCUUCAUCUGUCAAAACGCAAAAGGGGACGACCAAAGAAAAAUGUGCCGGCAACAGAACGGCAGGAGAGAAGUUCACCAUGGGAGAGUUUGGAGGAGAGCCAGGCCGAUGAUGUGGACAGUGAUCAUGUAGAUGUUGACUCCCUGCCAAAAGAUGCAGAUAAUAUGACAAGAAGGCACAUAAGCCGACUGAGCAAACGCAAAAUCAGGCCUCCAGUAAAAUACAUGAGUUACAAAGUGGACCAUGACUCUGUAGUAAAUAAAGAGCCAGGGAAAAGAGGAAGGAAAAGAAAAUAUCCAAACACAGAGGCUAGAUGUGAGGACUGCGACAAAGUGUUUAAAAAUCAUGUUCUUUUAAAAAUUCACCAAAGGACUCAUACAGGAGAGAAACCGUUCCGGUGCCAGGUUUGUGGAAAGAGUUUUACCCAGAAGCACACACUGUUGGUUCACCAGCGCAAGCACACGGGAGAGAAGCCGUUUGUUUGUGCCAUCUGUUCCAAGACUCUGUGCACCAAACACUCCCUACAAGAACACAUGAACCUCCACAAAGAAGAGAAGUCCUUCGACUGCGAUAAAUGUGGAAAGUCCUUCACUCAGAAAAAGCAACUUAAAAGUCAUUACAGAGUUCACACAGGUAAAUCGUUCCCAGAAUGUGCUCAGUGUCAUCACAAAUUCCUGGACACAGCUCAGCUGAAAAAACACCUGCGGACUCACACAGGUGAGAAGCCCUUUACCUGUGAGAUUUGUGGGAAGUGUUUUACAGCCAAGAGCACACUACAGACUCACAUCAGAAUUCACAGAGGUGAGAAACCAUAUAACUGCGACAUCUGCAACAAGUCGUUUUCAGAUCCCAGUGCGAGGAGACGACACGUUGUCUCACACUCAGGAAAGAAACCCUUCACCUGCUCUACCUGCAACCUUUCGUUUACUCGCCUGGACAAUCUGAAAACCCACACUAAAUCCCACAGCAAGGAGAGUGUGACGUUAACAGAAUCCACAGAAGCUUCUGCAGCGCCUCAGGAUGGCACGCCCAACAUUCUGCAGCUCCAGCAGUACCAGCUGCCGUCCAGCUCCGAGCAGGAGAUCCAGCUGGUGGUGAACAAUAUUAACUUUGUGUCAAGUCAGGACCAGGAGAUUAGCAUCAUCACUACAGAGGGUGAGACGGCAGAACCAGCCCACUCCCGUCUCACCCUCCUCACCCAGCCGUCGGCACACAUGCAGAAUGUGGCUCUGGUUACUCAGGGUACAGUGGUGGACCACAGCCCUCAGAUUCAGACUGUCAGUAUGCUGGAGGGACAGAUGACGCAGCAGUCCGAGCAGAUGCAUGUUAUCACUCUGAGUAAAGAGGCGAUGGAGGAGCUGCAGUCGCAGCACGGUCCUCCACAGCCUCUUCACCUCGCACAGCAACCCGUCCAACAGCUGCAGGUCCUGCAUCAGCCUGUCGCUCAGGUGGGCAGAGAGCAACACAGUCAGGCCAUUCAUAUCAGCAGCCAGACCAGCCAGCCCAUCUCCAUCAGCAAGACCAGUGAGCAGAUCUCCAACCACCACAUCCAGGGACAAACCUUUCAGAUCCAGGCGGGAACCGUGUCCUACCUGUACACCACAGGACUACAGCAGGAAGGAUGAGCGGGCCGAACUACUGAGGACACAACUCUGAUACUGAUAAAUUCUGCUACAGUGCUUCUGAAAAAUUAGACCUUGUUUAAAGGCAUCAUAACCACACUCAUUGACUGUAUUAAAAAAUGGAUGUUGUCUUAUAA